CUCCGCAGGGGAGGAACUCCAUCUCUCCAGGCCGUAGCUGUGAAGAGAAGAUUAUAGGAUGGGAAUGGUGCUCUCCAUAUCCCCAACAUCAAAGAAGGAGGCUAUUCUGGAUGACAGAAAAGAGGGUGACCCUGAAAUCAAAACAGGGAGCGUAAAAAAGCAGUCCAUGCUUGUCUCAGCUCUCACAUUUAAGAGAAUGGUUGCCGAAUCAACCAUGAAAAAGAGUUGCAAGAAAGUCAACCCAAACGCCACACAGGUGAACAACAGCCAGGAAAACCAGCUUAAUAAUGAAAAUAACAAGAAAUCCCAGCAAUCGAGUACGGAUGGUAAGAAAGGACCACUCACUGUACCAGUGCCGAUGGUUACUACCCAAAGUCUUCAACCCAAUCAACCUCAGGUCCCCUCUGAGAAUGUGAAGCUCUUAGCUGUCCAAAAGCAACCUAGCAAAGUUGACCUCCUCUCACCGAGGCGUGUGAUUAUCCAGGCAUCGACCGGGGAGCUGUUGCGCUGUCUUGGAGAAUUUAUGUGCCGAAGAUGCUAUAAAGUCAAGCUCACUUACAGUGAGGUCAUUAUAUGGUUCCGAAAUGUUGACCGAACCCUUCUCCUCCAAGGCUGGCAGGACCAGGGAUUCAUUACACCUGCUAACUUGGUCUUCGUCUACCUGCUCUGUAAGGAAUCGAUACCCAAUGAUAUCGGUAGCGCAUCCGAACUCCAGGGUAUCUUCCUGCUCUGUCUCUAUCUAUCCUACUCGUACAUGGGUUGCGAGAUAUCUUACCCUCUGAAACCGUUCAUGAUUAUGGCAAAUGAGGAUAAUUUCUGGGAUAGUUCUAUGAGCAUCAUCAAUAACACAAGUGCCAAAAUGUUGCAGUUAAAUGCAGACCCUUACUUUUUCACAGAGGUGUUUCAAGAGCUAAAAGAUGAAGGAAAGUCUAGGGACAAAGACUUGGACCAUUAAAUCAAAGGAAACUCUGAUGAAUGUUUCACAAAACCAAUGGAGUCGUGGUUUGAAUAUAAUAUUUAA